AUGACUAGAGACGUCUCCUGCCCCUACAGCACCAUCCUCCCAGUCUCCUGCCCCUACAGCACACCAUCCUCCCAGUCUCCUGCCCCUACAGCAUCAUCCUCCCAGUCUCCUGCCCCUACAGCACCAUCCUCCCAGUCUCCUGCCCCUACAGCACCAUCCUCCCAGUCUCCUGCCCCUACAGCACCAUCCUCCCAGUCUCCUGCCCCUACAGCACCAUCCUCCCAGUCUCCUGCCCCUACAGCACACCAUCCUCCCAGUCUCCUGCCCCUACAGCACACCAUCCACAGCUGCCCCUACAGCACACCAUCCACAGCUGCCCCUACAGCACACCAUCCACAGCUGCCCCUACAGCACACCAUCCACAGCUGCCCCUACAGCACACCAUCCACAGCUGCCCCUACAGCACACCAGCCACAGCUGCCCCUACAGCACACCAUCCACAGCUGCCCCUACAGCACACCAUCCACAGCUGCCCCUACAGCACACCAUCCACAGCUGCCCCUACAGCACACCAUCCACAGCUGCCCCUACAGCACACCAUCCACAGCUGCCCCUACAGCACACCAUCCACAGCUGCCCCUACAGCACACCAUCCACAGCUGCCCCUACAGCACACCAGCCACAGCUGCCCCUACAGCACACCAUCCACAGCUGCCCCUACAGCACACCAGCCACAGCUGCCCCUACAGCACACCAGCCACAGCUGCCCCUACAGCACACCAGCCACAGCUGCCCCUACAGCACACCAUCCACAGCUGCCCCUACAGCACACCAUCCACAGCUGCCCCUACAGCACACCAUCCACAGCUGCCCCUACAGCACACCAUCCACAGCUGCCCCUACAGCACACCAGCCACAGCUGCCCCUACAGCACACCAUCCACAGCUGCCCCUACAGCACACCAUCCACAGCUGCCCCUGCCCCUACAGGCCACAGCACACCAUCCACAGCUGCCCCUACAGCACACCAUCCACAGCUGCCCCUACAGCACACCAUCCACAGCUGCCCCUACAGCACACCAUCCACAGCUGCCCCUACAGCACACCAUCCACAGCUGCCCCUACAGCACACCAGCCACAGCUGCCCCUACAGCACACCAUCCACAGCUGCCCCUACAGCACACCAUCCACAGCUGCCCCUACAGCACACCAUCCACAGCUGCCCCUACAGCACACCAUCCACAGCUGCCCCUACAGCACACCAUCCACAGCUGCCCCUACAGCACACCAUCCACAGCUGCCCCUACAGCACACCAUCCACAGCUGCCCCUACAGCACACCAUCCACAGCUGCCCCUACAGCACACCAUCCACAGCUGCCCCUACAGCACACCAUCCACAGCUGCCCCUACAGCACACCAGCCACAGCUGCCCCUACAGCACACCAUCCACAGCUGCCCCUACAGCACACCAUCCACAGCUGCCCCUACAGCACACCAUCCACAGCUGCCCCUACAGCACACCAUCCACAGCUGCCCCUACAGCACACCAUCCACAGCUGCCCCUACAGCACACCAGCCACAGCUGCCCCUACAGCACACCAGCCACAGCUGCCCCUACAGCACACCAUCCACAGCUGCCCCUACAGCACACCAUCCACAGCUGCCCCUACAGCACACCAUCCACAGCUGCCCCUACAGCACACCAUCCACAGCUGCCCCUACAGCACACCAUCCACAGCUGCCCCUACAGCACACCAUCCACAGCUGCCCCUACAGCACACCAUCCACAGCUGCCCCUACAGCACACCAUCCACAGCUGCCCCUACAGCACACCAGCCACAGCUGCCCCUACAGCACACCAUCCACAGCUGCCCCUACAGCACACCAUCCACAGCUGCCCCUACAGCACACCAUCCACAGCUGCCCCUACAGCACACCAUCCACAGCUGCCCCUACAGCACACCAUCCACAGCUGCCCCUACAGCACACCAUCCACAGCUGCCCCUACAGCACACCAUCCACAGCUGCCCCUACAGCACACCAGCCACAGCUGCCCCUACAGCACACCAUCCACAGCUGCCCCUACAGCACACCAGCCACAGCUGCCCCUACAGCACACCAGCCACAGCUGCCCCUACAGCACACCAGCCACAGCUGCCCCUACAGCACACCAUCCACAGCUGCCCCUACAGCACACCAUCCACAGCUGCCCCUACAGCACACCAUCCACAGCUGCCCCUACAGCACACCAUCCACAGCUGCCCCUACAGCACACCAGCCACAGCUGCCCCUACAGCACACCAUCCACAGCUGCCCCUACAGCACACCAUCCACAGCUGCCCCUACAGCACACCAUCCACAGCUGCCCCUACAGCACACCAUCCACAGCUGCCCCUACAGCACACCAUCCACAGCUGCCCCUACAGCACACCAUCCACAGCUGCCCCUACAGCACACCAUCCACAGCUGCCCCUACAGCACACCAUCCACAGCUGCCCCUACAGCACACCAUCCACAGCUGCCCCUACAGCACACCAUCCACAGCUGCCCCUACAGCACACCAUCCACAGCUGCCCCUACAGCACACCAUCCACAGCUGCCCCUACAGCACACCAGCCACAGCUGCCCCUACAGCACACCAUCCACAGCUGCCCCUACAGCACACCAGCCACAGCUGCCCCUACAGCACACCAGCCACAGCUGCCCCUACAGCACACCAUCCACAGCUGCCCCUACAGCACACCAGCCACAGCUGCCCCUACAGCACACCAGCCACAGCUGCCCCUACAGCACACCAUCCACAGCUGCCCCUACAGCACACCAUCCACAGCUGCCCCUACAGCACACCAUCCACAGCUGCCCCUACAGCACACCAUCCACAGCUGCCCCUACAGCACACCAUCCACAGCUGCCCCUACAGCACACCAUCCACAGCUGCCCCUACAGCACACCAUCCACAGCUGCCCCUACAGCACACCAUCCACAGCUGCCCCUACAGCACACCAUCCACAGCUGCCCCUACAGCACACCAUCCACAGCUGCCCCUACAGCACACCAGCCACAGCUGCCCCUACAGCACACCAUCCACAGCUGCCCCUACAGCACACCAGCCACAGCUGCCCCUACAGCACACCAGCCACAGCUGCCCCUACAGCACACCAGCCACAGCUGCCCCUACAGCACACCAUCCACAGCUGCCCCUACAGCACACCAUCCACAGCUGCCCCUACAGCACACCAUCCACAGCUGCCCCUACAGCACACCAUCCACAGCUGCCCCUACAGCACACCAUCCACAGCUGCCCCUACAGCACACCAUCCACAGCUGCCCCUACAGCACACCAUCCACAGCUGCCCCUACAGCACACCAUCCACAGCUGCCCCUACAGCACACCAUCCACAGCUGCCCCUACAGCACACCAUCCACAGCUGCCCCUACAGCACACCAGCCACAGCUGCCCCUACAGCACACCAUCCACAGCUGCCCCUACAGCACACCAUCCACAGCUGCCCCUACAGCACACCAUCCACAGCUGCCCCUACAGCACACCAUCCACAGCUGCCCCUACAGCACACCAUCCACAGCUGCCCCUACAGCACACCAUCCACAGCUGCCCCUACAGCACACCAUCCACAGCUGCCCCUACAGCACACCAUCCACAGCUGCCCCUACAGCACACCAUCCACAGCUGCCCCUACAGCACACCAUCCACAGCUGCCCCUACAGCACACCAUCCACAGCUGCCCCUACAGCACACCAUCCACAGCUGCCCCUACAGCACACCAUCCACAGCUGCCCCUACAGCACACCAUCCACAGCUGCCCCUACAGCACACCAUCCACAGCUGCCCCUACAGCCCUCACACAAACACCACACAACCCAUUUAUCCAUCACUAA